AUGGAUGAUACCGAACGCCGAACGGUGAAGCGCUCGCGCUUCGACCAGACCGAACCCGAACCCAAGAGGGCCUCGCGAUUCGACCGUCGCUCUCGAUCUCCUCCGGCGCGUCGAUCUGAGCCUGGAAGGGAUCGCAGCCCCCUUGGAAACGAUGGAGGUUCUGAUCCUAAGAAGUCACCUGCCGAUGCCGCUGCUGCUGCUGCUGCCGCUGCGGCUAGAAUCAAUGCGCAGCUCCAAGCCCGCAAAGGAAUCCAACACGUCGAUGUCCCUCCGAUCAAGCCCGCCGAAUCCUCCCCCGCCAUUCCCGCGCCGACUUCGCAAAGCUCCUCAAAGACAGCUCCUGCGCUGAACGGGGAGAUGUAUGUCGCAGAUGGCGACUAUAUCCAGGACAUUGAAGUGAACGACUUGAGGAACCGUUACCUCCUCACCAAGGGGUCCACGCAGAAAAUGAUUAAAGACGAGACCGGCGCUGAUGUCACCACUCGCGGCAAUUACUAUCCUAAUAAGAGCAUGGCCACAGCUGCUAACCCUCCGCUCUACCUUCACGUCACAAGCACGUCCAAGCAAGGCUUGGAGUCGGCUGUCGCUAAAAUCAAUGAGCUAAUUCAGCAGGAACUUCCCCAGCUCGUCGAUGAGCGACGUUUCCGCCGCCGAGACCAGGAGCAAGUGGAACGAGACGAAUUCGGACGACGCAAAUGGCCCGAAGAGAAGAUCCCGAUCACCCUAGAGCCUGUUCAUGGAUUCAACCUGCGCGCUCAGGUUGUUGGACAUGGUGGUGCCUACGUCAAGCACAUUCAGCAAGAGACUGGAUGUCGUGUGCAGAUCAAGGGCCGAGGAUCUGGCUACUUGGAAGCAGCCACGAAUAGAGAAAGUGACGAGGACAUGUUCCUCCAUGUCACGGGACCUGAUGCCAACAUGGUCGAAAAGGCCAAGGAGCUCUGCGAGGACCUGAUCGCCAACGUCAAGGACCAGUAUGAAGAAUUCAAGAGCCGCCCCCCUCGAUAUGGAGGUGACCGCUAUGGAGGUGAUCGUAAUCAUUCUCACGGCGGCUCUCACGGAGGUUCCCAUAACUCCUAUGGCGGCUCUCAUGGUGGCAGCGGCUAUGGUGGUUACGGCUCUGGCUCUGGCGGUGCUUCCAACAACAGCCCGGCACCUCCUGGUGUCAACAGCCCAACCAAUGCCGCCGACUACGCUGCUCAGUACGCCCAGUACUAUGGAGGAGCAGAUCCCUAUGCAGCCUAUGGCGGAUAUGCUAACUAUGUCGCCAUGUAUCAGCAGUACUAUGGAGCCCAGGCACAAGCUCAAACGCAGGGCCAGGGCUCUCCUGCAGGCGCUCCUGGGCAAUCGGCUUCACCGCCUCCUCCGCCCCCGAGUGAGGCAGCUCCUCCGCCGCCUCCGCCGCCCAGCUCGGCGCCUCCACCACCUCCACCCUCCGGGUCUCCCCCUGCGGCUGGAGGGAGCUACGGCGCGGUUCCCCCUCCUCCAGGCCUCUAA